AUGGAAAGUAUGGAAGAAAAUCAAGGAUUAAAACUUGUUGACGAUACUUCUCGCAGUACGAAUAUUCCUAACAAUGACGAAAAAACCAACAAUGAUGAUGAUAACAAUAAGCUUGGAAUUGAAGAUAAUAACAAGCUUGAGGAUAUCCAAAUUAAAGCCAAUGAAGAAGAAUCAAUCGCAUUCAAAUUACAAUUUGAUGAAAUUUUAAUUGCCGCAAAAUUGUUAGAAAAUGCUAAAUCAAAUAACAAUAAUCGUUAUUAUAAUUCGCACGCAAAGACAAAUUCUUUAUCUUUAUUAAAUAAUAGAAGAAUAUCUGAAAUUGAAAAUUCAUAUUUCACACAUCAAAAAUCUUAUACUUACCAAUCAUCAUUAAAAUAUCAUAAUUAUCAUAAUCAAGCAAAACACAAACGUAACAAUUCUUCAAUUCCAAAAUUAAAUCUUAACGGAAUCAGCAACAAUUCAUAUUAUCCAACAACAACAAACAGAAAUGUUAAACUGAAUCCUUUGUCAUCAACUCCAUAUGUUAGUUAUGAUGUAUUUGAUGAAUUGAGCUUUGAUGAUGCAUUUGGUUUAAAAUCUUCUUUAAAAGAAUUUGAUUAUAAAUUUAAUAAUAAUAGACAUGAUUCAGAUUGGGAUUCAUUAUCCAGUGGUCAAGGAUAUCCACCACUUACCCCGUCUUCAAUUCAUUCCUCAUCCUCCUCAUUUUCUCCGA